UGUCAGUGAAAUGUUGCAGAUCGGGAUGGAGAUGAGCUGCUGACUGAGGAGGAGUUUGCAUGUCUCCAGGUGGGGGAAGGAGGAGAGGCUCUGCUUUCCCAGGGGGAGGCUGAACGAAGGGCAGAGUUCCGUACCUUCCUUGAUGUAGAUAAGGAUGGGAAAGCAGACAGAAAGGAAAUUGUGAUGUACAUUGAUCCCAAGAACCCUCGCCAUGCCCAGGAAGAAGCGGAGACACUAGUGGCGCUGUCCGAUGUGGACCAUGAUGGGCAGUUGAGUCUCUCAGAGGUUUUGGGCAAGAUGGACCUUUUCCUUGGCAGCAAGAUGAGACUGAAGCUAGAUGUGGGAAGGCAGAGCAGGGGUGCGAUGGGCAUUACAUUGCGUUGUGCCGAGCUGACGCCGCCGCCGCGCCUUGGUAUACUCCACCAGGUGUACCGUCUGGUUGCUCAUGCGCCACCAGUUCAUGCUCUGCCACUGGAAUCUCCUGUGUUACUCUGAGCAUCAAUGCAUUCCUUUAGUAGCUGUUCACAUAUUAAGAUUUUAUUUUUUUUGCUUGUCACGGUUUUCUGUUAUCACUUUUUUUUUAACUCAUCAACUUUUUUUCUUUCUUCGUCAUGUUUCGUUAUAUAUUUGAUAACACCUGAUUUUAUAACAAAUAUUAAGCAAAUACCUAGUAGUCCUGCUUUCAUCCAGUUAUUGGAGAUCAUACCAGUUAUAUUCAGGACACCUUUUUCAAGCCACUUUUUACUAUUUUGAAGGAUAAACGUGGCCACGUAACAUGUUACAUGAACGUAAUAUCUCUACACAUUAUAUUUUAAUAGGUUAUUGACAAAUAACAAUUUCUCAUCUCUAUGACCAUUACUCAAAUACCUAUACGCAAGACUUACCUUUGUUUGAAUUAGUUUGGAACAAUAAUGUCAAACUGAAUUACGUUAUAGACUUGUAUUAAUUAUAGUGAAGCUAUAUUUUUAAAUGUAAAAGAAAUAUACGCAUUUUAGAUUGUAGAAAAUACCACGACUUUAUUUAUACUAAAUUUGAGCAGUACUUACAAUUAUUACUUUAGAGGGUAAACAUGUCUGACAGCAUUUAAAUUGUUCUAAUUUAUUGAUAGUUGAUUUGUUCAUUCGACUGUUGGACGCUUAUCAUAUUGCAGCCCCAGCAGAAGGAAUGUAUUCAAUUCAUGUCAAUUUCUCCUAAACAGUAACCUAUUUACACAUUACCCUAUCCAUAGGAGUUGUACAGAAUUUUAGAUUAAUUAGAAGAAAUCACAUGAGUCCAAAAUAUAAUCAAAAUGAGGUGAUUCCUAGCAAGUGGCAUUUAGUCUGGUUUUCUAUGGUCUUGACUAAAAUAUACAAUCUCUAUGUUGAAAGUUAUGAACGGUUAGGAUGUGUAUUUGUUAAAAAAUAAUGCCUCAUUGUAUAAACUACUAACUUACUUGUUAGAUAUACCAAGCAUUUUUAGGAGGAUGUUCAGCAUCUAUAACAAACGAAUUUAAACCUGAAAAUCACAAUUUAACAAAACUGGACAGAACUUCACAAGUCAUUACUUGUUAUGAUUAUUUUGAGGUUUCGUUUCACAUAUGUAUCGACGUAUUUAUUUCAAACUGCCUGCCUAAAGAGCACGAUUCAACAAAACCCUUCAAGUGAAUAUUCACUGUAGUACAACAAAUUUUAAUCAUAGUCCACCUCCCACUAGAUACCCAUUCAUGCAUUCAUUCUAUCAUGUUUUAGCAUUUCAAAAUCUAUUGGCAUUUCAGAGUAAGUUGACAAACAUAAAAUAAAUAAAAUCUAAUUGUUAUAGGGGGUUUCAAAAUAUCAUUAAUAGUUCUUUACAUUCCAAACCUGUUAGUAAAAAAAUUUCUAUUUUCUUGACCACUAUAAUCAAGCUUCAUGUAUUUUACCAAUCAAUAUUGUAAAUUAUCGUUUCAAGGAAGAUGUGCCAUAUGAUUGAUUGAUGCCCAGUAAAAGCCCCUUUUCAGUAAAGAUUUUUACAUUUACGAUUAAACGUUUCGUAAUCGAUCAUAACAUUGAUUUUACUUUAUCAAUCGAAGUAGUGCCUCUGGACAGACCCCUGCCACACACAUCUUCUAGACCUCACUUACAAUAUAGCAUGUCAACAAAAUUAUGAAAGAGAAUUAGAAUCUAUCUUGAAAUUGAUUCUACAAAUAGGAAUGGAAAAUCUUUGGAAUCAAUGUCUCAGCCCUAUGUCCCUAUGGAAUCAAAAGUCAUGUCCCUGGUGCUAUUAAUCUUCUGCUUAUAAGUGCAAUACAUAAACUUGCAGAACAUGUAUUUUUGAAGUCAAAUUUUUGCAAAUUAUGCAAAAUAUUUUCUGUGGGUCUAAGUUUCUUUAUAAACUAUAAUCACUGUGUACCACAAUAAUAUGAAACUAUUUAUUCAAUCUAAUCAGUUACUGAAUUUUUUAUAUUACCUCAACAGAACUUUGUUACCGAAGUACACCAAAGAAACUAUUCAGUUUUGUUAACAUUCUUGCCAUAUUUAAGUUAAGUAAUUUUGCUCUUAUAUAUUGUGCAAAAUCUAUGAUUUUAGUAACUUUUAGAAGAUUAUUUGUAAUACAUUAGCUUUUUUGCCCUUUAGACAAUGUUAUCUUCAGUAAAAUUUUUCUAUGAGCUAAGGUACAAAUAAAUAUUUUUAUUAUUUUUUAGUCAGUUGUUUAACCUAAUGAAUAAUAAUUACUUUAAAAAAACCAUUUUGGUUAAAAACAAUUUCCCACAAACUAUUACUAAGUGCAUGGGAAUUGAUUAGUAGAGUAUUGGGGGAGUUAGUACAUUGUUGGGUAUGCAUUACUGGUAAUACUCAGUGUACAUUAACAUCAGAUUAACAUCAGUGUACUUAAUUGCAAGGCCACCACUCCCCUUGCAAUAAUCAUAUGCAAUAUUGUUUGUAAGUAAGGUUGUUGUUAUUAAUUAUAACUUGAUAUUUGUUCUUGCCAUCAUAGUUUCAUAAAGUUUUCUGCGUAUUGUAGCCAUACUAAGUAACUUUGUACCAGUGUAAUUACUAUUUCCUAAUUGUUUUAAAAGAUCAGUCUUUCAUACAACAUGUUGUAAUUAUUUUAUUCAGAAUAGACAACGUGAAAUAUUCAAAACAAGACUUAUUCAUUUUAAAUUGUAGAUAGUGAUUUAUGUUUCUUGUUUACAAUAAAGAAAGUUAUAGAUUUUUA